UAAAAGCUGUCGCCUUGCUGUAGCUUCUUCGUUCUCUCUCACACACAACACACUUACAGACAUUCAACCACAACGUUCGAACAGUUUAUGAAUUUGUGUGUUUAGAUCACUCAAAUUGAAAAAACCAAAAUAUCUUAUUGACAUGGAACAUCGGAAGGAUGAGAAAAAUGCACCAUGGAUGUCAAUGCCCCAAUUUGGAGAUUGGGACCAAAAGGGGCCACUCCCAGACUACUCUUUGAAUUUUUCAAAGAUAAGAGAGAUGAAGAAACAAAACAAAAGAGAGAUAUCAAGAGCAAGCAUUGGUAAUGAAGAACUCAUCUCUUCCAACACUACCAAAGUUGAUAACAGUGUUCCCAUAGCCACUCAUCAUAGUAAUUAUGAUCAUGAUCAUGAUGAAGGCGACCAUCAUCACUCUCUAUCCGUGAGGAGAAGCAUUUUGAGCUACUUCAAUUGUUGUGUUAAAGCCUGAUGUUUGUAAUUUGUUCUAUUCUUUUGUAAUCAAAUGAUUCAAAUCUCUCACCAAUAGUAUGUUAUUUGUUCAACCUUGUUUUCUCAUUAAUCACUUGGUGAGAUUUAAAAAAAAAAGUUAAGUUAUAAUUGUAGUAGAUUUAUUAAGAUUUAAUAAUUCUAAAGUUGUAUGGAUGGAGAUUCAAGUCCUUUAUUUAUAUUUUUUAAAUGUAUAUCUUUUAA